AACAGCUUUACGGCAAACCCGGAAGUAAAUACAAACAAUUCCAAUUGAUGAGAACAGUUUUUCAGACGGCAGACAUUAUAGAAUGCCUAUUAUUGUCUCCUCUCAUAUCUCUCACGUGUGACCUUAUGAGGCUGAAUUAAAAAUGUGUUUGUGUCUAUAACUCGGCAGUAGUUUUGUUGGGAGAAACGUAACGUUGUCGUACCGUUAGGGCAGGAUGGCGAGUUAUGUGACUUUCCACAGCCAGAUGGCGGCCAUCAUGGAAGUGUUGGCUAACACGGCGGUGGCUGAGAUCUGUCAGCUCGUGGAUGACGGGUUCGCCACCCUGAGGCUGGAAGUGUCCCGGAGCCAAAGGGAGAACCUGGCCCUGAAGAGCAGGCUGCGGCUCAUGGAGGUCCGUUCAGGAGAGCCCACCCCCCCGACCUGCACCAGGAGAGAUCACUUCGGAGAAGACGGCUCUGCCAUUACCAAAAAAGUCAAGUUCCCUAUGGUGGAGAAUACGGACUCUCAGCAGUCCCAGCUGGUGGUUGUGACGGAGCAGCCGGUGGAGCCAGAGGUGGUUAUAAUAAAGAUGGAAAGGCAGGAGGAGGAGCUGAGUGUGGUGGAAGACCAUCAAACAGCUUCUAACAGCAGCGUUGGACCUCUGGCUCUGGCUCUUGCUGCUGAGAGCGACCGCCCGCUGAGUGUCGAAGCAGAAACCCCCAGAGGCAGUGCGUCAGGUCGGUAUGAAAAUCAGGACUUAGCCAGACCUGGAGCUCAGCAGCAGGAGAAGAACGAGAGAGUGGACGAGGCCAGUACUCCGUGUCGGUACUCUCAUCCUGCAGAACAAAGCCAUGGAGGUGGUGGUCCAAACACAGCCAGGGAAAUGACAGACUUGACCAAAGAAGAUGACAAACGUUGUGUUGACUCCACGUCGGCCGAGUCCAGUAGUAGUAAAGUUCCUGAUAUAGACGCGGCACCGAUAAAGAAACUAGACUCUGCGCCGUCACCUACAAAUACCGGAGGCAAGGGUUUGUGUGGUGCGGCAGCAGACUGGACGGGAGAGGAAGUGUUCGCAGCAGUCAAACUGGAGGCUGAGCCUUCCUGUUCUGAAGCUUUUAGGACGUAUAAUCCUUUAGUUUCUGUCACUAGAGACGAGAGUCUGAGUAACAGCAGGUUAACUUACACUACCAGUCUGCACACAGAGAGUGAAGCAGCAGAGCUGGACGCCAGCAGCUUGGACGACUCCUCCUUCGAUGACCUGUUCUCCUCCCCAGAGGUGGCCAGGUCUCUGACAGCUCCCGCCAUACGCUCCACAAAUGGAGUCACGUGCACAGAGGAGCCCCUGUCAUCCUCAUCUUUUCCUUUCCCGUGCAACUUCGGUAACUCUCCCAUGUCAGACUCUCCGACCGUCUCCUCCUUCGGUAACGCCUCCUCUGACUCCAGGCGCAGGAGCUUUUCCAGCAGCAUAGAGCGGGCGUUUAGCUGCCAGCACUGCGGCCGCCUCUUCUCAACCUCUAGAGACGUGGCGGUGCACCAGCGCUCCCAUGCCGGGGACAGGAUCUACAACUGUUACCUCUGUAAGAAGCCCUUCGUCCACCCACACCAGCUGAAAACCCACCAGCGGGUGCACACCGGAGAGAAGCCGUUCAGCUGCAGUCAGUGUGGCAAGCGCUUCUCCCAGUCCAGCCACAUCAAGAGACACAUGAGCGUCCACACGGGGGAGAAGCGCUACAGCUGUAGCCUGUGUGGGAAACGCUUCUCGCAGGCCUGCAGCCUCAAGGUGCACCAGACUGUCCACACCGGGGAGAGACCCUACAGCUGCACAAAUUGUGGCAAAAGCUUCUCUGUGCUGGGGAACCUGGUCCGCCACCAGAGCGUGCACAUCAGCAAAUAAACUGGACUGGAGCGAAUCAGAAAUAUACAAGAAGUGUAAUAUGCAUAUGAAGUCAGUAGGGCUCAUCAUAAGGUCUGUCAGAAUGUGUUGAGCUGACAGUUCGACGUACAAUAUGUAACUCUUUGUUGCUAGGGGUCUCUCAAUCAAAACAAUGGAUGGUAAACACGGACUGAGAGGGAGUUCGAUUUUUAAGUGCCGUGUGGCACGUGCCAGUGGCGUGUACUUCAGGUACUUCCUUAUGCCAAUUGUGACGGUGUGUGAAUUGACGCCGUAGCAGUACGAGGAAGAAUGUGUGUCUGAGGGAAAACCACAGGACUCUCACCCCAGAGACCGGGGCUCGUUUCCCGCGAGUCACGUUUGCUUUCCCCGUUAUCCUUUUCCUAAACCCAACAGUUUCUUUUACGUUAUUUUAUAUAU